AUCCGUAAAAUCAAAGAAAAAAGAGUCAAAUAUUUUACACGUAACGUUUUCCAUGCAUGCACUAAUUGCAUUGCAUGCCCAAACAAAUUAAUCUUCUUUGUAUUUGCCCAUUGAAAACGGCUGGUCAUUAGUCACUCAUUAUGACUAUGAAGAGAGCUGGUCAAUCAACCAUAGUCAGUCCAUAUAUAUCCAGAUUAAUAACAAAGUACCUUGAAGUACAUGUUUAUCUUUUUAACGUAAGCUUGAGAUUAAAUAUAUAAGAGCCGGUUUCUUCAAUGGAGAAAGUAUAUCUACACAAUAAAUAAAAGCCAAAUGAGAAAACUUGAAGUCUCAUUUCAAAUUUUCUGUAUCCAAAGUGAAAGUAGUAAGGACAUUUGAUCUUCACAAUUACUUUUUUUAAUCCAUUAAAAAGACACUUACUAGGAUUCGAACCAUGACCACUUUAAAGAAAAACAAAGAUCAUAACCAAUCACAUUAAGUACAUUUAUUGUAUCUUUUUAAAAUUUUAACAUAUAAUCGCAGAGUGGAAAAAAACCUUCCCCCAUUUCAAAUUCCCUGCUCCAGGAGCGUUUGUAGAAAGGGUAGAAUAGGGAGUGUCAAUUUUUUUCUUUUUCCUCUGUGGAACGGGCCAACUUACCGUACACAUGCAUAUUUAAACGGGUCCAGGAGUGUCAAUUUUUUUCUUUGAGUCCUUUUAUUUCUCCGUGGUGGUAAAAUAUAUAUGAAAAAGAAAAAAAAACAAUACUCCUUUUUAUUGCUAAAAAGAAAAAAAUUAACAAUAAACUAAUGCAUGGAUUCUAAUGGGCUAACUGCUAAUCAUAAAAUAAAAGAGUUGAAUGAGUCUGACCUACACGGGAUUUUCCCAUCAAGUAAAAUAAAUGAUCAUCAUGGGUUUGUCAUUCUAAAAUAAGCUAUUUUCUCUAGCAUAAUAUAUAUUAUGCUAUUAUUUUAUAUCUUAGUGGCUAAAAUAUAAUGUAUUUUAAAGUUAUUCAAUGGUUCAACCUCGACCAACCCAAUUAAUCCAAUUUUUAUCAUUUCAAAUAUAUAUUAUGUAAUUAUUUGAUAUCAUAAUGAUUAAAUUAUAGUGUAUAUUAUAGGGAAUCGUUUGGUAUUUGUUAGUAAAAAACUAAACAGAAAGAUCUAUUUGGUUAUUUUUAACAUUAAAACGAUCCUAAACGUUUUCAGUUUCCUUUCGAAAUUCUAUAGUUUUACUCCCGAAUCAGUGAUGUGCAAAUGGCGAAUUGCAGUCAUCUCUUUUCUUUCAUUAUUUUUUAUUUUCAAAUAGAAAGUUUAAAAGUAAAGAAUAAUUAGAGUUUGGCAUGAGUCGGUCAAACAGAUUGAAUUUCAAGUUUUGGCCCGUUUUGAUCAAGUCUAAUUUAUAAUCACAUGGUUCCCUGUUACCCGAUAAAAAUCUCAAUCCAAACCAGUUUGGCAGGUGAGUCCGUGUUUACCACCAUUUCUAGGGAUACAGGAACGGUGGUUCCUAUCCCAAAUCGCGUUGUUCAUUCUUGAUUCUUUAGAUUUUAUCAUGGCUUGGCAAAAAACCAGAAAGCACAAUGAUGACAAAAUGAAAGUUUUAUAAAGAAAAUUAAUCGGCCAAUGGGCCGAGUAAAAGCUAGCAACGAUUGUGAGGUGCUCAUUUCCCGAAAACCGGCGGGAUAGGCGAUUUUUUAUUCAAUUUUAUGGAAUUCGAUUUCUAUAAAACUUACUCCACCUAAUCAUAUUACCAGAAACAAUAUUGUUUCACAAGGUAACAGGUACUUGAUUUUGGUUCAUAAGGCUAAUUUUUGAUUCGUUGCAUCACUCAUGUCUCUUUCCUACUAAAAUUCACUAUUUUUAUCACGUGUUUCUUAAAAAAAACUAUACAACAAUAAGCUAUACACCCAUUACAUUAUAAAAAAAAAAACUAAUUUUCUAGAUGGUCAGUAAUCAUAUCGAUUAAUAAUGUUUACUAAAACAAAAACGUUUAUCAGGAAGAGCAAGGGUAAUUAAGGGACUGCCUCUGUUUACUUAGGCCCAACUAGAAUGUGGGCUCCUCCUUGAGCCCAGGGGCUUUAGAUUUGUCGAUAUGGCAGAGCCGGCAUCAAGGAGGCAUCAAAGAAGUAUCUUUGUCUUCUCUUCGGGCCCAAAGAAGUAGAUGAGGGAGCUACCAACCAAAGCGGUUGGUUUACUCUUCACUUUUGGAAGUGUUGUUUCUCAAUAUUCUUAAGCAAGAGCUGACCUUUUCGUAUUUUUUUUUAUUUGAACCGAAUGCAUUGAGCUAUUCCAAAUCAGACAAAUUAUUAGUGCUAUAGUUUUUUGCUUUUAUAGUACAAUUUCAAGUUGUACCUUUAACGGUAUAACUUUAGCUUGUACCUAUACUAUUUUACAAAUUCUUUUAUGGUACAACUUGAACUUGUACCUUUACGUGAUGGAACAAUUUAAAGUUAUGAAGUUGUACCAUAUCAUAAGGGUGCAAAUUCCUUUAUGGUACAACCCAAACUUAUACAUUUUAUGUUAUGAUACAACUUUAAGUUGUACAUUUAAGCACUCAUGCUUUAUAGCAUAGUAGAAGUGCUCUCCAAAUCAACCCACCAUUGUUAUCCUCAUCACACGAGCGACAAAUACGAGUAUCAAAAUAUCUACGAGUAGCGGAUGUAGGUUGAAGGUAGAGGGAUCAUAAUAACCUUCGGGCACUCGACUUUGAAAUAGAAUAUAAAAUUACAUAUAAAAUUUGUAACAAAAUUAAAAAAAAAUAGGACAAACGGUAAAAUUUCAGCUCUCAAUUACCACAUUCCAAAUUUCUUGUGUUAUAAUUUUUUUUAAGCUUAGUAACGGAAUUGUAUGCCUUACCUUGAUGGCAUUAUCAUUCCUAAUCUUAAUUGUAUCCUAUCAUCUUUUGCGGUUUUGUAUAGUCGGUUGAUUAUUAGUUUAUUAUAAAAAAAAUAAAAAGGAAGUUGCCAACCUACUCGAAUGGUGGUUGCAAUAAUAACACCUCAACUAAGUAAUCAAUCGUCCUAUCUACUUAACAAUGAUUGCCGGCCGGCCGGCCGGGAAAAUAAUAAUAUGUUUCCCGAAGAUGGAAUCAUUGUCGCCGGAGAAUUCACCCCUUUAUCUCUUCUUCUCUUUUACCACUCACCCUCUCCACCCCAAUCGGCAAGAUCAUGGCUAGCUAUAUCAAACCUAGAAGAAAGGACAACCCCAACUUGUGACACUUAAUUAGUACAAUAUUGUGAGGCCCAUGAUUGAUUGCAACAUAACCAGCACGCUAUUAAACAUGUGAUAACGACGAAUUUAUAGUCCAACAAUAUCGAAAUAAUACUACAAUAGAAUAAUCAUAUACAUGUAUUCGAAUCAUUUCAAGUGAAGUUGAUAGAAGUCCGGACUUAGGUGUGUACGUCUAGGGUUCGUGAAUAAGAGAAUUUUGAGAUAAUUGAGAAUCAGAAGAUAAUUAGGGAUUGGAUUGAGUUGUUGGCUUUUUUAAAAUUGGGACAAUAUAUAAGAGUUUUUUUUUUGUCUGAUAAACCAAUCCAGAUAUUUUAUCCAGCAUGUUUGACAUGCCACCAAUACGAUCAAAACCAAUAUUAAUUAACCUUGAAGAUACAUAAAAAGUUCUAUUCACCUAUCGAAAGAGAAUGCCCUUUAGAAAGACGAUAAUCUACCACAAAAUUACCAUCCAUUUACCCAAAAUCAUCCAAUCAAUUCAGCAUUAAAACAUCGAAUCUUCACCAAUCAAUUUGCUAAUUAACACUUAAAAAAAAAACGAAUCUCGAACAAACCCCCCAAAAAAAGAGCUGAAAUUGCAGAGUUUAGUGGUGGGGGUGGGAAAAUGUUUUGGCAUACAUAAAAAGAAGGCACGCGUUAUAAACCCCACCCGUCAAAUCCUCCGUAACUGGAGCCUGUUUUGUUUCCUUUCCCCUGUUUUCCCUCUCUCAACCCUUCCUCUGCUUCCUAUAAUUCCCAUCUCUCCAUGGCGCCACCGCCUGCCAGAUCAUGAUGAGCUUCCACCGCCUCCUCGCUCCGCCGCAUUCUCCAAUCUCCUCCCGCCGCCGCCGCCGGAAGUAUGCUCACCCGCCCUCUACUCCUCCCCUUCACUGGAAGUUGUUCUUCGAUUCUCCUCGCCGUAACAACAAUGGAGGGGCCAAGGUGGCUUCGGCGAGGAAGCUCGCCGCGGGCUUGUGGCAGCUGCAGUCGGCCGCCGGCGGCGGCAAGGUUGCUCGCCUGAAGCCUGAACGUGGAUCAUGCGGUGAUGUAGUAGGAAUCCAGCCAAGCAUGUGCCCUGCACCUUGUGGAAGUGGCACGACCGCAGGAUACCACGAAGAUAACAAGGAUGAUGGACUCCUUCGGCCUCACGUUUCUUCAGAUUUAAGGCAUGGUGUCCUACGUGACAAGAGUUGGAGGAAGGCGAUGGCGAAACGAGACAUUGCUACUUUGUACAAUGAGGCCCAUUGCUUUUACGCUAGGUUGAAAAUUAUUGACCAGCAACACGAUGAGCCGCUUCAAAUUUCACAUGCUUCGGCAUUGCAGUCUCGGCUUUCUCAUGCUCGAUUCCGGAUCAACGAGCUUGAAUCCGAGCGCCGUGGCUAUAGGAAGAGAGUUGGUCAUUUGUUUCGAGAGCUCGAAGAGGAGAGGAGGAUGUGGCGAGCCAAGGAGGAGAACAAACUUCGUGCAGUUUUUGAAGGUCUAAAAGACGAGUUGGGGAGGGAGAGGAAGAGUAGGAAGAAGAUGGAGGUCCUGAAUGCGAGAUUGGUCGAAGAGUUGAGCGAUGUGAGAUCGCGUGCAGAACGAUUUAGAAAGGUUUAUUGGAAGGAGAAGAAGUCCAGAGAGGUCGUCGAGGUGGUUUGUAGCGAGCUAGCUACGAGAGUCGGGGAACAGAAAGAAGAAUUUGAGGAAUUACGGAGGGAUUCAAUUAGAUUCGAGGCCGAGAUUGAGGAAGAGAGGAGGAUGAUGCAAAUGGUUGAAUUGUGGCGUGAAGAAAGGGUUCAAAUGAAGCUAAACGAUGCAAAAUUCGCACUUGAAAGUAAAUACGAUGAAAUGCUGACCUUGAUUUCCCAACUCGAUGCUUUGCUAAUGUCAGGGAGUGCUACCUCCAUAGAUGCAAUUGAGCCAAGCCGAUCAGAAGAGGUCAAGGAAGUAGCCAAGAGGUUGCAGAGUAAUGUGAGUGAAGAUGAUGAAUUCGUUCACGAGCCUCAUGCAUCGCGUGACUUGUACACAGUACUCGAGGAAAUUGGAGGAGUUGGAGGCAAGGUUGGGGUUACUCAAGCUUGCAAUGAUCGAACUGUUAGCCUCACCAAUGGAUUUGAUUCGAGACACGACACGAGCAGCAAGGGCUCGAAUUGCUCCCUCGAGGAGAGCGAGCAUCAUGCUAACAUGCUGGUGUGUGAUGAUCAGGUCGAACGAACGGUUCAGGAGGUGCCUUUAGUGCGACCAGAUGCUCCUGCUGUCGAUGGAUUUCGAGACCAAGGUUGUGUAGGUGAAUGGAACUUAAAUGAACUCAUGAACCCUCACAUUACUAGAGGGAUCAAAGGCAGGGUUGAGUGGCCACGAGGAUCCAGGAAAUUUAUCACAUCAAAGGCUAAGGGAUCCCAAGCUAGAAUGGAAAGGCAGAAAGCUAAAUUGCGUAGUGUUGUCAAGCACAGGAGUAUCCACCAGUAGAGCUGAAGUUGUCACGAACAAUUUUUGGGCCCGGCCCAACCAAAUGACUGAUUUUGGGCUGUCUCAAACAUUUGUUUUUAGUUCUGUAAAGUGAUUCACUAAAUCACUUGCCUAAUUGGCCAAUUCCAAUUUCCGAACCAUCCAAUAUUGCGGUAGAUGAUAGUUUCAUAAAAUUGGAACGAUACAGAGAAUAUUAACAUGACCCUUCGCAAAGAUGACACGCAUAAUAUGGUAUAGUAAUGUUGGAAGUUUCUUUGUUUCCAAAAGGAAUCCUAUAAUCAGGCUACACACCAACUCUUCUCAUAUGAUAAAAAAGCUCUUCACUUGAACCAAUUGUCCUUCACGAUAUCAUGGUCUGUGAAAUUGUAUUAUAAAUUGAAUUACACAAGUUAGCAGAAUAAUAUCUUGAUGGUAUGAAUGUGGUUCUACAAAUGUUAUACUAGUUCAACGUACGAUCAACCAAAAUUUAUUGGUAGUUGUUACUCUAACUAUAUAAAGCUGACUGACACGAAUUUUCAUAGUAUUUGUUUUUACAUGUAUUGGGAGGAAAGACCGAUAACAAUAAUGAUGAGGAACCUAACACCUUGUAAAAAAAUUUAAUGAUGAGGUCAUCUGGUUCAUACAUCUUCGUUCGACCUCUUCGAGAGUAGAUCGGGAGAGGUAAGAGUAGCCCCCGGGAUAUACACUAUGAUGUCCAAAUUAGUACGAUUCGAGAUGAUGAAAGUAAACUAGAGAGAAAUAGAUUUUAGAGAGAGAUCAUGUGUGGUGAAUACGUAAAGGAAAGAUAUAUCUCUUAGCGUGGAAGCGGUUAAGACUUAAGAGUCUUUAUACAGGAGCUGCGAGCUUCCUUGUUGAGAAGUCUUGGAGUGGGAUUAUGUCUUAAGAGUCUCGCUGAGAUACUUCGCAGCGGCAUUGUGUCAUAAGUGAGAAGCUUUGCGAUGGGUUUAGCCUCGUUGAUGACGUAGAAGUUUAUCGUUAUAGAUAUAUUAAUAUCUAUAUUCCAAGUCCCAACAUUAUUCGUGUGUUAUACUGAUCUAGCUCGCAUAAACAGUAUUUAGAGUCCGAUUCGAUCUGCCGAUAUGGUACGAUAAGAUAAUCCAUACACCAUAUUGAUUGCUGGGAUAAUAAUGCUAGUGUUGAAAAUUUGGACAACUUUCUCCCUUAACCACAAUUUCCCCCAUUUAUGUUUCUUCCUUGGGCCGGCCUCCUAUGUGGAAUCAUUUUAGCCAGAACUUUACUUUGGGCCGGUUGAUUGAAAGACAGCAUGUGCCCUGGCCCAUCCACCAAUAAUUUUCUGUAAUCGAAAAGACCAAUGACAAUAUCCCAACAGCCAUGUUUCAUUUCAGUGGUUAGAAGCCACAAAUAAUUAAGGUGACGAAAUCAAGCUUUCGACUUCAAAAUGGGUAAUCAAUUCGAAUAUUACGUGGAAGAGCAUAGCAAACAAGAGAUUACGAUCACAUCAAUAAAACAAAUCAAAGUCUAUUCGGCUCAUCCCACUAUCAAGCGCAAAACCAUAAGACCCAUAAACCGUGGCAACUAGGAUCCAAUUCCAUGAAUCCAAUCCAUCCACCAAAUUAUUCACAUAAUCCAAUCCAUUUAAAUCCAAUCCAUUUGAUCCAAAUCCAAUUGGAUUGGUGGAUUCAUGGAUCAAUCCAUGGAUCCAAAUGACAAACUACGAUUUGGUACCUAUAUUUUUUAUAUUUUAUAUUUUGGUACCUAAAAUUUAUAUUUUUAUACGAAAAAUAUCAUUGGAAAUUUACAUUUUGGUACCUAAAAAUUUUCAUUAUGACAUUUUAGUACCAAAACUUUUCAAAUUUUACAUUUUGGUCCAAGCCUUUGAUGUCAUUUGGAUUCAUGGAUCAAUCCACCAAUCCAUUUGAUCCAAUCCAUGAAUCCACCAAUCCAUUGGAUCCAAUCGAUUUGAUCCAUGGAUCCACCAAUCCAAUCCACGAAUCCGAUCCAAUUGCCACUUCUACAUAAACCCAAAUAUCAGCG